AUGUCUAUGGAACUUGAGUUCCUAGGUGUGACAAUUUCCAUUAUCAGCUGGCUUGGCACUUUUGUCUCUUGUGCUCUUCCAAUGUGGAAGGUGACUGCCUUAAUCGGCAACAACACUGUGGUGACCCAGAUUAUCUGGGGGGGACAGUGGAUGAAUUGUGUAGUACAAACCACUGGGCAAAUGCAGUGCCAAGUCUAUGAUUCCCUGCUUGGGCUUCCUCAAGAUCUUCAAGCUUCUCGAGUCUUGAUGGCUAUCUCCAUCAUCAUAGGUAUAUUUGGAAUCCUCAUCUCCAUCAUUGGAGCGAAGUGGACCAAUUUUGUUCAAGAUGAGUCAGCAAAAGCCAAGAUCACGAUUGUAUCUGGGGUUAUCUUUAUUCUUUCAGGACUCAUGACACUCAUCUCUGUCUACUGGUCAGCAAAUGCAGUUAAUCGUGAUUUCUAUAACCCUCUAGUUGUGGAUGCUCAAAAGAGGGAGUUGGGGACAUCAAUACACAUUGGGUGGGCGACUUCAGCACUUCUAAUGCUUGGAGGUGCCCUGCUAUGCGGCACUUGCCCACCAAAACAGGAGAAAUACCCUGCAUCAAGAGUGGCUUAUUCAGCGGUAACGUCCACGAAUCCUGGAUAUGAUCAGAAAGACUACGUCUAAUAUAUGAUAUUAUGUUUUCCUGUCCAGCUCAGUGUAGGCAGCAGGUGCUGCAAGUGUUUAUUACUAUGGCUGCGGGGGACAGGAACCCAUACUAUCAAAUAUACAAACUGUUGGUAAAUCCAGAGGAAGUAAGUUACAUAUACUCCUAUUGCAUCUAUUUCAUCUAGACGGUAUAAUCACCCG